CCCCACCUCUAUAAAAAUUCUUUCAAGACAUGGACUCAAGUUUCUUCAGCCUCAUCUGAGAGAAAGCAAACAGGGAGUCUUAAAAAGUUUUAGGCAAAGGCUUGUUUGGGAGCGUAAACAAGGAACUUGACAAAGUGAAGGGAGAAAGUGAAAGAGAAGGGAAAGGAAAGGACACAGAUUUUUUUGAGGGGGUUCUUUGGAAGGUUUGAAUUAAUUGAAGUGUUGGUUGCAGGAAAACUGAAUCAUUCAGUGCAACAAAUGAUGGCUGGAAACCCUAGUUGGUGGAGCAUGCAUCCACUUUCAGAACAGCCUUCUACCUUGCUAUCUCCAUCUCCUUCCUUUUUUCCUCCUCAGUUUGUAGUUGGAUCUUCAACACAUCCCCAGAAUUCUUCUUUGGCUGAUCAUAACCAAGAGCUUCCACAGUCAUGGAGCCAACUACUCCUGGGUGGAUUGUCCAGUGGGGAAGAAGAUAGGUUUGGUCAGCUGAGUCAUUUUCAGCCGAGAAAGUUGGAAAAUUGGGAAGACCAAAUCCUGAAUCCAUCCUCCAGGGUUCCUUUUGUUGAUGUAAAGCAAGAGGUGUCCCAAAAUAGCAACGUGUACGGUCAUGGAGAUGAAGAAUUCCAAGCACCAAGACCUGCAGCUAAUUGGCCACAAAUCAUGCCAGUUUCUUCUCCCAGAUCUUGUGUUACUAGCUUGAGCAGCAAUAAUAUGUUAGACUUCUCUUAUAACAAGUCAGAUGGAUCCAAUAAGCAUCCUGCCGCAGAUCAUUCAUCUGAGUGUAAUAGUAAAGCCACUGGUGGGGCGUCCAAAAAGCCGAGGGUUCAGCCAUCUUCAAGCCAACCGCCCCUAAAGGUGAGAAAGGAGAAGCUGGGAGAUAGAAUAACAGCCCUUCACCAGUUAGUCUCCCCAUUUGGAAAGACUGACACUGCUUCUGUGUUGUUAGAAGCUAUUGGGUAUAUCAGAUUCCUUCAGGGUCAAAUUGAGGCCCUUAGCUCUCCUUACUUAGGCACUGCAGCAUCAACAAACAGCAGAAACCAACAUUCUGUUCAAGGAGGAAAGAAUUGUGCAUUUUCUGAAGAGGCAGGACAGGUAAGCUUUAUUGGAUCCAUCACCUCACAAAAAGCAAGCAGGGGAAGGCCAAAGGAGAGGGGAGUGUAAUUUUGUUUUGAUUAAAAAAGCUAGCAUCUAUUAAAACUAUUUUAUUCAUAGAAGAAAAGCAAUAAUAUUGAAAGAACAAGGUUCUCAGCUUUAUAUACUUUUCCAUCAACAAAAGUUUAAUUAAAUUAACAUAAUUUAGAGGUGCAUAAUUAAGAUUGGUCCAUAGAAUCAAAAAAAUUAAAACAGAGUUGAAAAUGUGAAACUACAAAUGCUUUUCCCCCCAUCCCCUCCUUUACCUUUUCAUUUUUUCCUUUUUAAUUUGCAUACCUGCCUCACUUACAUAUGACUAAACUAUUUGCAGGAUGUCCAAGAUAAGCCAAAGGACUUGAGGAGUAGAGGGCUGUGUUUGGUUCCGGUGUCGUGCACUCAGCAGGUUGGAAGUGAAAAUGGUGCUGAUUACUGGGCUCCGGCUUUUCCAGGAGGGUUUUAAGUCUUCAUUUGUGUUUUGAUGCACGAAUUAGCUCUAGUUUGCCCAUAAAACUCAGGUUGGAUGGCCAUGCAAUGCAGGUCUUCGGUCCCCGAUCAGAAAAUCAAAUGUUAUAACAUCAUGAGCAGCCACCCUGCUGCAAUAUCUAAGGCUGAUUGCUCAUGAUGCUAUGCAUUCUGGACCCAAAAAAUGGUUGUUGUUUUCCAGGAUAGUUUCUAUUAUUUUUAUUUGAGGGCGUAAAGCUCCUUAUAUAAAUUAGUACGUGAUUU